GUUCUUCGACUCAUUCAAGAUACUACUAUUAUUUUAAGUUUCUUAUCAAAUUCACUUACUGAAAAUGAGGGUUCAUUACCUUGUUAUAAUAAGGCAGCUUUUUUUCCUAUCUUUGUUUGCUUCUGUCAGCUUCUGUAAGACCACUGUCAGGACAUCAUCAUCAUCAUCAUACCAUGUUGUUGGCACUGCAGAAUGUGCUGACUGCAAGAAGAAUAAUUUUAAAACCAACCAAGCAUUUGCAGGCCUUCGUGUGUCAAUCGAGUGCAAGCUGAAGACAGGAGGAGGAGGAGAAAUGAAAAGAGUUGCAAUCAGUGAGCUCGAUGAACAUGGCAAGUUCAAUGUCUCAAUACCGGGAGAGAUGGUGCAUGAGAGUGGGCAGAAGCUAAAGCAGCAAUGCUACGCACAGCUCCACAACGCGGCGGCGCUUCCAUGCCCGGAGGCCUCCGAAAUUGUGUUCAAGUCUCCACUCACUUUCGCACCUUCCAAAACGCUGCAAUUCUCGGUUACUUUGUGCACUUCCAAAUUCUUUUGGCCAUUUUUCAACCCCAACCAUCCCUGGUUUAGUCAUCCAUGGUUUACUACUCCUACCCCUGUCUACACCCCGCCGGUUUACACUCCUCCACCAGAAGUUCCGGUGAGCACACCACCACCGAUAGAAGAACCGCUCCCUCCGCCGCCAAUGGAAGUGCCACCUGUCAACGAGCCACCGGUAGAGCCACUUCCUCCGCCGCCAGUGGAAUUGCCACCGACUAACCUUCCUCCAAAGCAACCAUGCCCACCUACUGAGACACCGCCCGAAUUGCCACCAAAGCAUUCAGGUCCACCUACUAAGCCACCACCAGAAUUGCCACCGCCAGAAUUGCCACCACCAGAAUUGCCACCGCCUAACCAUACACCAAAGCAUUCAGGUCCACCUACUAAGCCACCACCGGAAUUGCCACCACCAGAAUUGCCACCACCGGAAUUGCCACCACCAGAACUGCCACCGCCAGAAUUGCCACCACCAGAAUUGCCACCGCCUAACCAUACACCAAAGCAUUCAGGUCCACCUACUAAGCCACCGCCAGAAUUGCCACCACCGGAAUUGCCACCACCGGAAUUGCCACCACCUAACCAUUCUCCAAAGAAACCAUGCCCGCCUAAUGAGCCACUAACUCCACCUGCUAAUGAGACACCGGUGGAGCCGCUCCCUCCAGCCAACGAGCCACCAGUGCAGCCACUCCCACCACCUGUUCCAAGCUAUACACCACAUCCAUUUUACAAGCAUCCAUGGAUACCAACUCCUAGCCACCCUUAGUAGAGCCACUUCCUCUUCAUCAAGAAAUAAGAAAUAUCGUAGCCUGUGGUGUUUAAUUUUCAAAAGAGUGCAUACUAUUAGCUGAUAAAUUUCAUCUGUCAAAUAAUAAGACUUCCCCGUGUUCCAAGUGAGAAAGCUGCAUUGAAAUAGAAUGCUUCUUGUACUGUUGCCUGAAACUCUGUGUUUGUGUAUGUUCAUUCUCUCUUGAGUGGAAAAUUCAGAUAUCA